AUGGAGAAUCCUCUCCUUUCUCUGAGAAGUUUUAUUGAUACAUGGCUAAGCUCCAGUUUCACUCCGUGUGUGACUGAUGCAAUCUUCACCUUCCUGUGUGGAGUGGGGCUCUUCCUCCUGUUACUGACGUUCUUCAAGAGUAAACCAUUCUUAUCACCACCAAAGAAACGAAACAUCGAGAAGAUCACCCCACCUGUCCUGUCCCUGAGGGCCCAGCUCCAGGGCUCCCAAAUCCAGCGGCAGAGCUUUCACUCAGCAAACAGAGCCCUUGGGGAGGCUCCUGGGAAGGAGAUCAGAACCCGGAUCCUUCCCAGAUCCCGUGCUCAGAAUGCAGCAUUGAGCACCGGGAAACGGGCAUUGCCAUCGUACAGAAAUUGUCUGCAUGAACUGCAUGAAGUUCAGCGCCUGAUUUCUCUUCUGCGAAGCCACCUGGAGAGACAUACGGACAAGGACAGUUUUCACCAGGGCUCAUGUCAAGACCCCCCUGGUAAGGUGUGCAAAGCAGCUCCUGAGGGAACCCACAGAUCCUGCGGGGAGCCUGUGGAAGAUGCUCCUCCUUCCGCGUCCCCGUUGGCUUCCUCACCUGCUCUGUCUGAACACCGCCUACCUCUGGCCUUCGCCCACUCACCAAGCCCGAGAACCUUCUCUGUUUCUGUUCCCGUCCACUCAUCCCUGAGUGCCCUUCAGCCCCCAGAGCCUUUCCUGCCCUUUUUUUCACCCCGGCCACGUGCACAUUCGCCUUCUGCCUCAUGCCUGCCUGAUUCAGAGGCCCGCCCUCCAGUUCCGACAGCCUCCUCUGACCCCCUACCAGCGGAAUCUGCUCUGACUCUUCCUCAGUGUGACUUGAUGGCACUGCCACUAGGCACCGUCCCCCAGAGCUCAUCUCCACACACCCCUUGGCCGGCUUCUCCUGUCCCACGCCCAACCAUGUCAGGCCUUGCUCACACAAGCUGUCGCAUUUCGACCAUGUCGUGGUGGCCGGCGGCUGCCCAAGCCUUGUGCCUCUCGACCUCAUCGCAGUGUGAGACCCAGCAAGAGCACCUGUCCCACCACGCACAAGAGGCCUUGCUUGCGGGAGACCCCACAGACAGACAGGUAGAGGCUGGCAGCCCCUCUUUGUUCAGCUCUGGUGAUCAGAAUGUCCUGGACAUACAAGUCACAAAGAGAAUCAAGAUAAAGCUUUGGAAGGAAACAGAAAAAGACGGAUCAUGUCCAAAACAAAAGAGCCCAGACUACCACCUGAAUUCUGUGGGGAAUAUGUUGAAAUCACUAGGUGCUGAGCAGGCCACGAAAAUCCCCCAACACUCCUGGAGCCUAAAAAGCAAACCAGAGCAACUGCCUGGUACUCAGCAGCUCUCAAAUCCCAAGGUCUUGGGGGACUGUCUACAGCAGCAAUAUAACCAGCUUUUCUGGGGUCUCCCCUCUCUGCACAGUGAAUCCCUGGUGGCUACUGCCUGGAUCUCUGAGAACCCAUCCGCGCUACAGUCUCCGUCUUUCUUAUUCAAUGGAAUCUUGAGUGCCUGCCCAAUUCAGCUGCAGGCUAAAGCAUCUCCACAGCUUUCCCAUUCCCAGCCCCUAUCCCACCUGGAGUUCCGAUCUAAACCCCCGGUUCCAUCCAUGCUGCAAUUCCAGGCCUCAUCUCUGGCUCAGGUCCAGACCCAGGCACAUCUCCAGUCCUCUCUACCAAUCCUUUCAUCGUCAUCUCCACCCCAGAUCGGGGCCCAUGGAGUAUCUUGCCCAACAGCCCAGAAUAAAACACACUCUCUCAUCCCAACUGAGAUUCAACAUCCAGAACGGCCCUGGUUGCAGGAACCACUAGAAAGUGGGCAGGCCUUAUCCUCUGUAGGCAAAAGACCUCAGGAAGUCUUUAGUAUCUUCCCGUCCCACAUUACAAAGGAUGAUCCGGGGGUCUCCAUCCUUCCUGAGAAUUGUCCCAUCAGUCCUGAGCUCCGGAACCAACUGGAGCAACACAUACAGAAGUGGCUUAUCCAACACCACUGGGAGCUGCCCCGCAAGGUCCAAGAGUCCCUAGAACUAGGGCAGCUUCAGGGCAAAUUACCAGGGAGGUGUCAGGCACAGGACACGCAUGGACCCUCAGGGCCCUCCUUGUUCACAGGUGAAAGCAGCAAGGAUGCACAGAAGAUGGAUUUCCAGCUAAGCCAGGACAUGGGCCAGGAACUGGGGCGUAUACUGGGGAACGUCCCAGAGGACUUCUCCAGGGGCUCAGAAGGCUCGCUAGUGACGUUUCCUGGGGCAGACUCUGAGGACUCAGAAACUGACUGGAUGUUUUUGAGAAGUGACUCAGGAAGCGAUGUGCUGUGGAGCUUAGACAAAAAUCAAGAAAACCUCCUGAAAGGCCAUUUGGGCAGGAAGUUGAGGCAGAUCAGCGAGGGUUUCAUCCCUGUGAGUGUGCGUCGAUCCUGGCUUACUGUCAACCACGCUUCUGCCAAGUCUGACACUCACAUGGAACCCAGAAUGCUGGGCAUCUUGAAGGGCUGGGAACCCUCGGUGAACACCACCCACAGGGUUUCUUUCCUCAGUAUGGACACUCGAGAGCUGCUAGAAGCACAUAUCAGAAGGUUUCGGGUAAGGCACAGGUGGGGCCUACCCCUCAAGGUCCUCAAGUUCAUCAGUGUCUUUAAGAUGAAAAAGGCUCAACUCUUGCCCACUCAGCAGUUCACCUUUCCCUUCUCAGCCUCCUGUGUAUCUGGGGCCCAGACCAUCGUCAACUUUGCUCAGGUCCUGGGCAAAGCACCUCAGGCCCAUCCAGGAGAGAAGAUUAUAACAGAAGAGUCGGGUCCCAACCUAGUGAGGCUGCUCAUUGGCCCCUCACCUGUGUGCGAGGAAACGCAGAGGGUGGGCAGAGGGACCCCACUUACUGAUGGCCAUGGGCCCCUAAAGGCCUCUCUGCCUAGACAGGAAGCCAGGCCACCUUCUCAGUCCCUCACAAUCACCUGGCAGAGUGGGACUGUGGAGUGGACCAAACAGGGCAGCCUGCAGCCCAGUUCAAGUUUACCAAUGGCCAGGAAUCGGCCAAGCGGGAAGAAUGGGGGUCGAGCCCCACGAGACCCUUGCUAUAGGGUAACAAUGAAGGAGAUGAGCUUAGGGUCCCAAUCUGGGCGUGCCAAAGAGGACAGCGAGGCCGUGGAGGCCAAAUUGUCCCCUGCUCUUCACCCAGAGUCUAGAGUCAUCUUGGGAGCCAAUGUGUCAACAAACCCCCAAAACAUAAAUGCACAUUUGAGAAGUUUAGGGGCUCCAGGGACCAGCAAAAGUGUCCUAUUCCCGAGAAUAUCUGUACUCCAGGAUCCGGGAGAGCCAUGCCUUCACAGAGAGGUUGUUAGUGAAUAUCAGCCCAACAUGAGGUUAGAGUCAGAGAACCAGCCUCAAGAUGGUGCCACAUACAAACCCGUUACGCCCAACAACUUGGCUUCUCAGGUGACCCACAGCCAACCUCAGAAAGUGCCCACUGCAGACAGGGUAGCUUCCCAGGUGCUAUGUGGCGUCAUGGAAGCCCAAAGGGGCAGCCUAGAGCAGCAGGAGGCCAGGAUCUCCAAACAGGAAGACUUUUGGAAGAAGUGGAGCAAGAUGAUUGCCCCUACCUACAAGAGAGAGGACGGUAGGAGGCCUAACUCAGGAAAACAUGCAGAAGGGCUUAAAAAGUUGGGGACCUCUCAAGCCAAAAGUACAAGCCCCUCUGCCAAGAUCAAACGAAUAAUAGGCUCUGUUGACAGGAAAUACCUCCAUUGGCUGCCAGAGAAAAAAGACGGCCCUCCACACAGCUGCUUCGGGAGCAGAAUGAGGACCAUGUUCCAGUGGAUUUUCCCCCAUAAAACCCUUAAAGGUCAGGAUGCUCCGCAAAAAUGUAAGCCCAAAUCAGCCACUGCCCAGCGCCAAGGACCAGACAAAAGCCGAUCUAUUGUGGACGGCGAGACUCCGAAGGCUCAAGCGCUCAUGACAGCUAUGGGACAGUUUCUAGAUCAGAAAAUGGCCAUUCACCAUGAACGUCAUGCGAAGAAUUUAAAUCAGCACAAAGAGGAAUGCCGAGCCCCAGUAUGUGGGUGUUUCUGCUACCACAGGCUUCCUUUCUACCCAGAGCAAGGGAGACUGAGGAGUCAUACGGCCUGCAGUCACCAGGCCAACUCCAGUGACCAGAGUUGUCCCAUCAGGGACAGACACGUCAGACACAGACAGUCCUUGAAAAGUGUCCGAUUCCACAAUGAGCAGAUGGGCCUCAGUCACUUCUUAUCCCUGUCCCCCAAGAAGACUUGGUCUCCAGUCAGUCCCGGUCACUAUGGGCCAAGAAUGCCAGGUGCUCCAGGCCACCAUCAGCACUGCCUGGGGAUUUGUCACUUCCGGGGAGGUGUCUUGCCUGGACAUUCAUAA